UGCCGUCGCUGGUUGUCAGUGGAGCACAGACAUGGCCGCUCUCAGUAAGAUACCGCACAGCUGCUACGAGCUCGGCCAUACCUGGAACCCGUCCUGCGUGCAUUCCGCUUUGGAUGUAACCAGGGGUGCCUUGGAGGUCUCGUUCAAAAUAUACGCCCCUCUUUACCUGAUAGCGGCAGUUCUAAGGAGAAGGAAAAAGGAUUACUAUUUAAAAAGGCUUCUCCCUGAGAUCCUGUGGUCUACCUCUUUCCUCACUGCCAAUGGAGGUCUCUACAUUGUUUUCUUCUGCAUUCUCAGGUUAGUACACACAUACACACUGUCCAUCAACAUGGUGAGCUGCAAGGGCUCCUGAAACUGAAUAUAUGCAUCUGUCAUCUAAUGGUUUACACAGCGUUGUGAAAUAAACAAACUCACAUAAGCUGUGUUGCUUGAAUGUGACCUUUUGUGGUUUUCUUUUAAACAAACAAAAGUUAUGUUUACGUUCAGUGUUAUUCACCAAAAUGCCUCCACAGGGUUCCCUUUUAAAUACUAGGUAGGAUUAACUUAAAAAAUAAAAAAUAUAAAAAAUAAAAUAAAUAAAUAAAAUGAAUAGAGCAAGGGGCUUAAAAUGAACUUUUCUGAAUUCCCUAACUUAACUCUUGUUUUUAUUUUGGUUUUUAUUCAACAUAAUAUAGUUUAUUAACUGCAUUGUCCCCUAUUGCAGUUCUGCACUUAUGUCUGACUACAAAAUUGAGAUCAUCCUAGGUAUUUGGCCACAAUCCGUUUCAUUAUUCUUUUUUUCCAUUGGUUGAGUUACUGUUUUUUUCUGACAGUUUGAUGAAUAAAUAAUGACAAACAGGGACAUUGUCUAUUUGAUGUAAAUAAAAAAAUCUACAAAGGGAGGGAGAAGAUCGAAAAAACUAUUCAAAUAUUUACACGCUCAAACAAACUAUUUACAUAUAAGCUUAAGGAACACCCUAAUCCAGAGAUCUGGAGAGGAAGCGUGCCAGAGAAGUUCAGACAUGCCCUACACCGACUAACUUAAGGGGAGAGAUAAAGACACCAGUGCUGUUGGCAGAAGAACUCUGGACUGAGCAGCAUGCAUUGGAAUUAAUUACCUAUUAAUAAUAUAAUGUAUUUGAAUGUAUUUUUUGCCAUUUCCCUAAAGGUCGGAAGACGUUGCUGAAUUUGUUUUAGGUUGCUUUUUAGAAAUAAAGUUGCUAAGAGGGUCUGGAAAGCCACUAUUUCUAACGAGAAAGAGUUGCCAACACUGGGGCUGUGAAGCACUGAAAUAAAGUGUGGAGAUGCGACACUAUAAAUGUACAGUACAUCUGGAAAGUAUUUGUUCCCUCAAAAGUCUUUUGAGGGAAAAAAAUACUUUGACAAGGUGAAAAAAGUUUGUUGGAAAUUUUGCA